CACGACCCAGGAUCCUGGAUCCUAUCGAUAGGACCGGACCUCUAUACAGGACCUCUCUAUUCUCUCUCCAGGACCGGACCUCUAUACGGGACCUAGGUCCUCUCGAUAUGACCAGAGCUCUAUACAGGACCUCUCUAUCGGACCGGACCUAUAGUAUACAGGACCAAUUCCAGGUCCUCUCAAUAGAAGCGGACCUCUAUACAGGACCUUCUUAUAGGUCCUCUCUCUAGGACCGGACCUAGAUACAGGACCUCUCUCCUCUCGAUAGAACCAGAGCUCUAUACAGAACCUCUCCAUAGGUCGUCUCUAUCUGUAUACAGGACAGGUCCUCUCUAGAACCGGACCUCAAUUCAGGACCUCUCUAUAGGUCCUCUCGAUAGGAUCUCCACACAGGACCUCUUUAUAGGUCCUCUUGGAGCGGACGACGGACGAGGGGCUGCAGGGUUUCGUUGUGAGAGAACAGCGAGCGGAGAUGGAGUGAUGGAGGAGCGGCUCGGGUGACGCUGCGGAGCUUAGAGAUCCUCCAAACCUCCGGUGAGCUCCGGGGUCCAACCCUCCAGUGAGCUCCUCCACCCCUCCGGUGAGCUCCGGGCUCCAACCCUCCGGUGAGUUCCAGGCUCCAACCCUCCGCGCGGCGGGUCUUCUUGUCCCGGGCGGGACGCCGUCGACAUGGGCGAUCACGUGUCCAAGCUGAAGCUACUGUCGGCGACAGAUGGCGACAUGGAGGAGCGCUACUUCCUGAACCGCUGUCCCGACUGGGCCCCCACGGGGGUCGCAACCUCCGACCCCGAAGCCGACGGGGGGUCCAGAGAGCCGCUGGACGCCGACGGAGAGGUCAGUGCUGCGUUCCAGAAGAAGGUGCACAACAAGAUGACGGAUCUGCUGGAGCAGAUGGAGGAGGGCCUCAAGACCGCAGACCCCCAUGACUGCUCCACCUACACUGGAUGGACAGGUAUUGCCCUGCUCUACCUGCAGUUGCAUCGGGUGUCCGGUGAGGCCUCCCACCUGCAGAGGGCGCUAGACUAUGUGAAGAGGAGCCUAAGGAACCUCAACGGCCGUAAGGUGACCUUCCUGUGUGGCGACGCCGGACCCCUGGCGGUUGGGGCGGUGGUCUACCAACGGCUGAACCACACAGAGGACAGCAAGCAGUGCAUCACCAAGCUGCUCCUCCUGCAGCCAGCGGUGGUGGGUCCGGACUCGGAGCUCCCUGACGAGCUCCUCUACGGCCGGGUGGGGUACCUCUACGCCCUGCUCUACGUCAACAAGGAGCUGGGGGCCGGCACGGUGGACGAGGGCCCCAUCAGCCAGGUGGUGUCGGCCAUCCUGGAGUCGGGGCAGAAGCUGUCGGCGGGGCAGAAGAAGGCGGAGCGAUGCCCCCUGCUGUACGAGUGGCACGGCAAACAGUAUGUGGGCGCGGCCCACGGGCUGGCCGGCAUCUUCUACAUGCUCCUGCAGCCAGGGGCGCGGGUGCCAUCCGACGUCCUGGCGGGCGUGGUCCGGCCCAGCGUCGACUACCUCCGCCACAAGAGGUUCCGCUCGGGCAACUACCCGUCGUCGCUCAGCAACGAGAGCGACCGCCUGGUCCACUGGUGCCACGGUGCGCCUGGCGUCGUGCCCAUGCUGCUCAUGGCGUACCAGCUGUUCAAGGAGGAGAAGUACCUGAAGGAGGCGGUGGACUGCGGCGAGGUGAUCUGGCAGCGCGGGCUGCUGAGGAAGGGCUACGGGAUCUGCCACGGCACGGCGGGGAAUGGCUACGCCUUCCUCUCUCUGUACCGCACCACCCGGGAGAAGAAGUACCUCUACAGGGCCUGCAAGUUUGCUGAGUGGUGUUUAGACUACGGGACCCACGGCUGUCGCAUCCCUGACCGGCCCUACUCUCUGUUUGAAGGUAUGGCUGGAGCCAUCCACUACCUGUCAGAGAUGGCCAUGCCGGGAGACUCCCGCUUCCCAGCCUUUGAACUUUGACCUGCCUUGACCCUGGGCCGUAGGGGUGAGGAACUGUGAGUGACGUCUUCCUGAGAGGACGUUGGAUGAAGGAGGCCACUGAAAUACUGGACUCUGUGUGGCCUCUCCUAGCAAUGAUGGCGGAGGGAAGGCAGAGAACACAAGGAGCCGAACCGGUGACUUUCAUUCGGACGUUUGGGACACGUCGUCGUGGUGAUCAAAGAAAUGUGUUCUAGUAUUUUGUUCUGGUCCGUCUGUUUUUGGAAGAUGGAAACCCUUUACUUUUGAACAGGCAUUCAGCCCAGCUGUUUCAUGUCUAACAACAAUAAAUAUAAGAAACAGCUGUACAUGGAAGGGGAACCGCUUUAAAGGCGCUUGGUUGCUCUUUCAUCGCACAUGUUUAAACCAUAUUGUGCUUAAUAGCUGUGAAGUCUCCCAAAAGUUCAAUUGGUCCUUAUAGUAGUAGAAAUGUAGUUUAAAGUCCUGUGUUGAACGUGUUUUGCCAGACAGUGCUGCCCUGGCUGUCUGUUUGGUUGCCUGUUACUAGCAGUCCUGUAAAGAAAGUGCGUCUCUAAAGCUUGCAUGCUUCUUGCUCAAUCAUUUAGUGCUAUUCACUCAUAGUGUUAUACUGCAAUUCACAACACAUCGUCUAAACGACUUUCCUUCUCCUGCACUUUCGUCAUGUAAAGUAAAGAAGGUUUUUUUUGUUUGUACUUCGACAGCCACUAACCCUAACCCUAGUAACUAACCCUACUAACCCACAUGUUGGGGUUUGCUGCCAUCUAGUGAUGCUGUUAUGAUGUUGUAAUGCUGUCAUGUUGCAGGUGUCUAUGUAUAAACAUUGAUCUAAGCUGCCCAAAAUGCAUGAUGGGUACUAUUAAGGAUCAGCUUGAAAACAGACAGUUCAUAUCUGGGACAUCAAGAGACAAUGAGUGUUGUGGCAACACAACCAAUCAAACAGGGUUGAGUCCAUAGCGACGGUAAGAACUUCGGACGUUGGCUCGUCUGUUACCAAGCGGUGCCUUCACUGGCCUCCUGCUGUCCCCAGGCAGCUCCAUCAGGACCUGAACAGAUUCCCUCACUGGGUUGAGUUUAAAAUCCCUUUACGUGUUGAAAACAAACCUGGGAUGUUUUUGACACCAAAUACUGGUGGUCAUGUUGUGGUUUUCUCAAGUUCUACUAGCCGUGAGGCUCAGUGUGUCUGUCUGUCAGUGUGUCUGUCUGUCUGUGUGUUUGCCUGUCUGUCUGUGUGUUUGCCUGUGUCUGUCUGCCUGUCUGUCUGUGUUUGCCUGUCUGUCUGUGUGUUUGCCUGUCUGUCAGUGUUUCUACCGGCUUCAGCCAAGCCAAAAAGAAGGUGAGUUUAUUUUGCAUUCCUGGAGUCGAAUUUAAUAUCAUGUAAAUUUGUUUUGAUUUAAGAUUGUCAUGUUUGUCCAUCUUAUUCAAAAGAGAAUGGUUAGGCUUAAAGUUGUUCAUGAAAAAAACAUAUUAAAACAUGUUAAUAAAUAUCACUCCUCACAGCUGUGUUUUGUGUAUUCACGUGC